AUGCUCUAUCGGCUGCAGCACCUGCUGCAUCUUCUCCCCCAGAGUCUGCAGCACAACGCAGCCACAGCAGCAGCAGCGCGAUCUGCCCAGCAGCAGCAGCAGCAGAAGCAGCAGCAGCAGCAGCAGCAGCAGCAGCUCGUACUGCUGAAAGGAGACAAACGGAGACACCCUCACCUUCUGCCAUCCCUUCUUAUCCACCAAGUUAACCACCUCCACAUCUCCGUAGCGCCUGCAGCAUCAGCAGCCUGCUGCUGCUGCUGCUCACCAGGUGUAGUUGACAUGUUCUAUCGGCUGCAGCACCUGCUGCAUCUUCUCCCCCAGAGUCUGCAGCGCAACGCAGCCACAGCAGCAGCAGCGCGAGCUGCCCAGCAGCAGCAGCAGCAGCAGCAGCAGCAGCAGCUCGUGCUGCUGAAAGGAGACAAACGGAGACACCCUCACCCGCUGCCAUCCCUUCUUAUCCACCAAGUUAACCACCUCCACAUCUCCGUAGCGCCUGCAGCAUCAGCAGCAGCAGCAGCAACAGCAGCAGCAGCAAUAGCAGCAGCAGCAUCAGCAGCAGCAGGAAUAGCAGCAGCAGCAACAGCAGCAGCAGCAAAGCAACUGAAGCACCAAAACCGACAGCAGCGUGCGCUGCAAAAGCAGCCGCCGAGCACUGGCGUCAGCUGCACAAUACCAUCAGCAGCAGCAGCUGCUGCAGCAGCAGCAACAGCAGCAGCAACGGUAGCAACAACAGCGGCAGCAGCAGCAGCAGCAGCAGCAGCAGCAACGGACUUAACGAGAGAAGAGAAGUGGCGGGUGGCAGCCGCCCUUUGCUCCUUCUCGGGAGCAUCCAGCUGGAUCGCGGGACACCACCUGCAGCAGCAGCAGCAGCAGCAGCAGCAGCAGCAACAGCAGCAGCAGCAGCAGCAGCAACAGCAGCACAACAGCAGCAGCAACAGCAGCAGCAGCAUACACUACAAGAAGAGAGUUCGUGCAGCAGCAGCAGAAUCAACAGCAGCAGCAGCAAGGCAACUGCAGCACCAAAACCGACAGCAGCGUGCGCUGCAAAAGCAGCCGCCGAGCACUGGCGUCAGAGUACCAGCAGCAGCAGCAACAGCAGCAGCAGCAGCAACAGCAGCAGCAGCAGCAACAGCAGCAGCAGCAGCAGCUUUGUACUCGGUUGCAUCUACUCUUCCGUUUUUGUGUCGUAUGAAGCCUAUACUGCAGCUAAAGCAGCAGCAGCCUCUGCUGCUGCUGCUACUGUUGCUGCGACUGCUGGGAGAUAUGUAA